AUGCAAUGGCUUUUAUCUAAGUUGGCAUCAGCAGAGAGAUCUGGUUCCACCUUCCGGGAGAACUUGCUUGAACCAGAUGAAGAAAGGACGUUAUUAGAUGCAUCAGUUGAAUUCACUACUGAGAAAAGUGGAAUGGAGGUGAUGUGCAAAUUGUUGACAUCAAACAAGUAUGAGUGGACUAAUGCCGCACGGUUGAUAUCAGUAUUGAAAACUCCUUUGUUGCGGCUGUGCACCAGGUACCUUCUGCAAGAGAAGAAGAGAGGAAAGGCCCUAGAUUCAGUUGCAAAUUUCCACCUACAGAAUGGAGCCAUGGUUGGAAGACUUAACUGGAUGGCAGAUCGAUCAGAAAAGGGCCUUAGUCAAAGUGCAGGAAUUAUGGUAAACUACAUCUAUAAGCUGGAAAAUAUUGAAGAAAAUGCGCAGUCAUAUUUCAGCAAAGGGCAUAUCCAAGCUUCCUCCGAGGUCCGUGACAAUGUUGAGAAGCAACAUGAAGAAAAUAUGGAUUAG